UUUCCACAGUUUAGCAACAGUGGUUGAAAUGAAUACUACCCUGGCGAUUCUAAUCAUCUCUGCCCUGGCUUUGGUCCAGGCGAGUACUUUUCCCGGAUCUGAUGAGGAUUACUCGGCAUGGCCGGCUGCAACUUUAGCGGAGUCUCCCCAUCCGCACUCCUCCAAUUGGCCCUGCGAUGUGGGUCAUUUCCCCGCGGCAUACGCUCUGAUGCACAAGGUGGAUAAGCGAUUGGAGCGUAUUGACAACGAGGACACCAAGAAGCGGAUUGAGGACUUUGCGGUGGAUCAGUUGAGGCGAUGCACCUCGAAUGGACAGAUGGACGAGCAUUGCGUGAAGCGUUCAAUUGGCUUUACCAUGUCAUUUAUUCACCACCAGAAAACGCAGGCGAAUCGGUUGUAAGAAAUACUGUAAUUUGGCAAAAUCAAUUGCGGGCAUUAACUGAAAAUAAAUAAAAUGUAUUUUAUUUUAUCAAUUUUA